GCCCUCAUGUCCAAAUUACCUUUACCUGUAGGUCUCUCUUUCUCCUCCUUUAUCAUGCACCAUCUGUAUGUAGUAGUAUGCAUUCCUUCUAGCUCCCUAACUCUAGAGCCCAAACGCAUUGACAUAAGCGACUGGAUGUCAUGUCUGUCAAACAGGGCAUAAUUCGAUUCUAGUGCAAACCAAAAACAAGCCUAAACUUCCUCCAUGGCAAUGACCCUACAUGUACCCAGCCUCCCUGAGCUCACUAUCUUCUGCACCCACCCUUUUACGAUGGUGCUAGUUGCAGGAAUUCUUGUCCUAUACAUAUUAUAUAACAGAAAAGUCGCUGUUUAUUUACUGGACUUUGCUUGCUAUCGACCACCCAGCUCUUAUCGGUUACCAAUGUCCAUGUUUGUAGAGCAUUUCGUUCUUGAUAACAUGGAUCCUGAAAGUAUUGCUUUCCAGACCAAGAUCCUAGAGAAAUCUGGAUUCAGCGAGGAAACUUGCAUUCCUCCCUCUCUCAGUCAACUACCACUUAGAAAAUCACUCUCUUCUGCAACGGAGGAGGCUGAGACAGUAAUGUUUUCGGCAGUUGCGGACUUGUUUAAGAAAACCAACACCAACCCUAAGGCCAUUGAUAUUCUGGUUUCAAACUGUAGCCUAUUUUGUGCUACGCCAUCUUUCGCUGCUAUGAUAGUUAACAAGUUCAGGAUGAGAAGCAACAUUAUGAGUUUCCACCUCUCUGGCAUGGGGUGCAGCGCUGGAAUCAUAUCAGUGAGCCUUGCAAAAGACCUGUUGAGGGUUCACCGGAACUCCUUGGCUCUAAUUGUCAGCACUGAGACCCUAAACCAAGACUGGUAUACUGGCAAAUACACAUCCAUGUUGCUUUCUAACUGUCUCUUUCGAAUGGGGGGUGCAGCGGUAUUGCUGUCAAGCAGGGAACAGGACAAGAGCAGGGCAAAGUAUGAGUUAAAACACCUUGUUCGAACAAAUAAAGCACAAGAUGACAUAUCUCAUGCCUGCGUCUUUAAAGACGUGGACAUGGAAAACAAGGUUGGGGUAACGAUAUCAAAGGGGAUCCUAAAUGUGGCUGGAGAUGCACUCAAGGAAAAUAUUGCUGCCCUGGGACCUCUGGUCUUGCCAUUUUCAGAGCAAUUGAAGUUUGGGUUCUCCAUAUUUUGCCAGAAGAUCAUGUGGAAUACAAAGCAAAGGAGUAUUUACGUACCUGACUUUAAGAAAGCUUUUGAUCAUUUCUGCAUCCAUGCAGGGGGGCGAGCUGUGAUUCAAGGAAUUGAAAAAAGCCUACGGUUAAGGAAACAGGAUGUUGAGCCCUCAAAGAUGACUCUCUAUAAAUAUGGGAAUACUUCGUCUUCUUCCAUUUGGUAUGAGCUCAGUUACAUAGAAGCGAAGGGGAGGAUGAAAAGGGGCGAUGGGGUCUGGCAAAUUGCCUUUGGGAGUGGAUUCAAGUGUAACAGUGCAGUGUGGCAGUGCGUUACAGACUCAGAGUUUGAGAUAGCCGAUGCAUGGAACGAUAUCAACAGAUAUCCAGUAGAAGUACCUGAUGUUGUAAAAAUCAAUUGAAUGUAGUUGCCAGGAUAUUAUCAUCCCUGCCUCUUCAAUGUAAGUUUGAACUGUUUCCAUUUCUCGUGCUACACAGGAAAGUGAAUUAUUACAUUUUUAUGUA